GGCGUCUUGGUUCAGUUUCGUUUCGGACAGCAGAGGGAUUACAUCGCACUCACAAGACACACCAGUAGCGGUACUUCAACAUGUCGAAGUUUGCGGCCUAUCCGGUGGACAAGAACGUGAAGUUGUACGACGAGUACAAGUUUACGCUGCCGGAGGUGUACCGUGAGCUGGCGAAGGACGAACUCCGCGAGGAUGAUGUGGUGCGCACCAAAGCGCUGGCGGAGAUGCGCCAGUGGAUCGUGAACAAUCCACACAUCCGCAAGUGCCGUAUGGAUUCGAAGUUCUUGCUGCGUUUCCUGCGCUUCCGCCAGUUCUCCGUACCGAUGGCGUGUGAGGCGCUGGAGCAGUACCUGACGAUGCGCGAGAUGUAUCCGAGCUGGUUCAAGAACCUGGACACGAGCAACGACAAAAUGAAGGAACUGUUCAACUGUGGCGCGACCUCGAUCAUGGGCCAGGACAGCAAUGGUCGUACGGUGGUGUUCUUCCGCAUCGCUCGCUUUGUGCCGGAGAUGUUCGAACCGCCGGUCGGUGGCAUUUUCAUUGCGCUGCUGAUCGAAGCGAUGCUCGAGUGGGAAGAGGUUCAGAUCGGUGGUUUGCAGGUGAUGGUGGACUACACCGACAUGGAUCUGAAGCUGUUCGAGAAGUGGGGCUCGUCGGAGUUGAAGCUCAUCAUGGAAGCGUAUACGCGCUGGUACCCGAUGCGCUACAACGAUACGCACGCGGCCAAGCUGCCCAAGAAGGCGCUGCCGGUGAUUGAGAAGAUUCUGUCCUUCACCAAUCCGAAGAUUCGGGAGCGUAUUAACUGCUACGCUAACGUUUCCGAGAUGGAGAAGCACUUCGAACCAUCGAUGGCACCGAAGGGCUACGGUGGCAACGUAGAUCUGGACGGGGAGCUUAAUCCGGCAAUGUGGAAACGCAUCGAGCAGCAGCGAGAUGUCAUCCUGGGGCUGGACCGCAUGGAGAUCGAUUACGAUUACUAUGCACCGAUCUGGGAUCAGCAGAACGCGGGCCUGCUCGGUGAGACCCCAUCGGCUUGAGGGAGAAUAGCUUGCGCAAUAAUAAAACACUAACAUUCUGUUAUUU